AUGUGGAGCGGACGGCAGGGCCGCCUCAGGCCGGUGGGCUGCGUAGUGGAGGAGCUACGGUGCCGCCGGCGGGAGCGGGAGGCAGCACUGCGGAAGGCGCGGAGGGAGCAGCAGCUGGUCAGUAAGAGGCUGCUGAGAGACGACGUCCUGGAGGAAGUCGAAGGGGGGUGUGUGGCCAGGAUCCUCGGGGAAGCUGAGAUCCAACAGUUCCUCCGGUUAGCGCAACGAGGGACAGAGGAAAAGGAGAGAGAGAGGGCUCUGGUCAGCCUUCGUCGAGGCUUGCAGCACCCUGAGACGCAGCAGACCUUCAUCCGGCUGGAGGGCAGCAUUCGGACCUUGGUCGGGCUUCUGACCAGCAGCCAAGCCCUGUUGCAGCUAGAGGCCGCUCGGUGCCUUCAUGAGCUCUCUCAUUCUGAGCAGUCUGCGGUGGCUGAGGCCUGCCUGCCAGCCACUUCAUACCUUCUCACCUACCUCUCCGGUCACAGCUCAGACUUUAUAGAGCUCUGUCUGUAUACACUGGGUAACCUGAUUGUGGAGAGUGAGGCUGUGAGAAGGCAGCUCCUGCCACAGGGCAUUGUUCCAGCUUUGGCUACCUGCAUCCAGUCCCCCCAUCUGACUGUGCUGGAAGCCCUUGGAUAUGCCUUGUCCCAGCUCCUGCAGGCUAAGGAAGCUCCAGAGAUGAUCAUCCCCUCUGUCUUGGGCUCCACUCUCCCCCAGCAUAUCCUGCGACUGUUGCAACCUGGCCCAAAGCUGAACCUUGGGGUCGCUGUGGAGUUUGCUUGGUGCCUGCACUACAUCAUCUGCAGCCAGGUCAACAAUGCCCUGCUUAUCUACCAUGGGGGUCUGUCCACUCUGGGGCUGCUGCUGCUGGAUGUGGCUGGGGCUGUCCAGAGAACUGAGGAUGCAGGACUGGAGUUGCUGGCAUGCCCUGUGCUUCGGUGUCUAAGCAACUUGCUAACAGAAGCAGCGGUGGAGGUUGGGGGAGGGCCAAAUCAGCUCGAAGAUGAGCGUGUUGUGGCGGCCUUAUUUAUCCUUCUGCAGUUCUUCCUCCAGAAACAGCCCAGCCUACUUCCUGAGGGCCUCUGGCUCCUUAACAACCUCACUGCGAACAGUUCUAGUUUCUGUACCUCCUUGCUCUCCAUGGAUCUGAUCGAGCCCCUCUUGCAGUUGCUGCCAGUUUCUAAUGUGGUGAGCGUAUUGGUGCUCACGGUUCUGUGCAAUGUGGCUGAGAAGGGUCCUGCUUACUGCCAACAUCUGUGGCCAGGGCCCUUGCUCCCCUGCUUGAUGGGCAUGCUAGCGUCCUCUGAUACUGAAGUAGUAGGCCAGAGUUUAGAGCUGCUGCAACUGCUGUUCCUCUAUCGGCCAGAGGCUGUGGAGGCGUUUCUGCAGCAAUCAGGGCUGCAGGUCCUAGAAAAGCAUCAGGAGGAGGCACAGCUCCAGGAUCGUGUGCGUGCUCUCCAGAAGACAGCUCUUCACAGGUGA